UUCCUAUUAUAUGUGUUAGCCGUUCAGUGGGUAUGUGUUAUAGGGUUCUAUACAUCUACAGUAUCAAUUAACUAUGAAAAAAAACGCCGGCCACGUCAUUCUGCCGUAGCCGCGACCGUGUUAUCUCGUCGCGUACAGCAUUUUGAGUACAAAUAUCCUUUUCUGUUUUAAUAUAAUACUCGUCGACGGUUCUACUAAGAGGUUUACGGUACACGUUACUCUUAUUGUGUUCGUUUAUCAAAAGAUAUUUUUAUUUAUUUACCAUACCCCUUUCCGCAACCGUCCGUUUUUGCACAUCCGAAAUUCGUGUUUCCCGAAAAAUAACCGAUUGUUCGUAGACGGCGCUUGACACCACCCGGCCCUGUCUCACCAACGACGAGGGCAAGUGAAUACACGUACCCACCUAUUCGUGUGGACCUAGAACGGUUCAUCACCCUUCGAGUUUUUUGAGACGGUGCUCGCCGCCGUCAGCAAGAAACCGAAAUGAACAUAUUCAGACUUUGCGGUGACUUGUCACAUCUGCUGGCCAUUCUGCUGUUGCUCGUCAAGAUAUGGAAGACCCGAUCUUGCGCCGGUAUUUCGGGAAAAUCUCAAAUACUAUUUGCAAUUGUUUAUACAACACGAUAUCUAGAUUUGUUCACAAGUUUUGUAUCUGUAUAUAACAGUUUUAUGAAAGUAGUGUUCCUAACAGCGUCAUAUGGAACAUUAUAUUUAAUGUUCUUUAAGUUUAAGCCAACAUACGAUCAUAAUCAUGAUAGCUUUAGAAUUUUGUACUUAAUCAUACCAUCGUUGGUACUAUCAUUUAUCAUUGUUCAUGUUUACACUGUGAUGGAGAUUUUGUGGACGUAUAGUAUUUAUUUGGAAGCAGUAGCAAUUAUGCCACAAUUGUUUAUGGUGUCUAGAACAGGCGAAGCUGAGACUAUUACUUCUCACUAUUUAUUUGCACUGGGCUCUUACAGAGCACUAUAUAUAUUGAAUUGGAUUUACCGUUAUUAUACAGAAGAUUUUCUUGAUAUGAUUGUAAUUAUUGCUGGAAUUGUGCAAACCAUCUUAUAUUGUGACUUCUUUUAUCUCUAUAUCACUAAAGUUUUAAAAGGUAAACGACUGUCCUUACCUGUCUAAACAUGGAAGGAAAACCUUAGACCAAAGUGUCAGUAUAAAACAGACUAUUUAAACAUUAUUGUCAUGUCAUAUGAAUUUUUUUGUACAUAAAUAAAUAGCUUACAUUUGUUGUAAGAUGUUACAGUAGGUCAUUGGAUACCUUAUAAAUACGAGAUUUUAUUUUAGUUCUAAUCUUGAAUUAUUUGGGAUAAUUAAACCACCAAAAUAUUAUGAAUUAUGAUAAAAAAUUUUCUGUUUUCUUUUUUAUUGCAAAAUAUUAUCAAUAUACAAGUAUAUGUAUAUAUUGUAAAUAAAUAUAUAUAUAUGCUUAUACUUAUAACAGUUAAUUUAUAACUUAAACAAUCCUUAUUAAAAGAAAAAAAUUCACUUUUUAUUAUUUAUUUUAAUUAUUAAUGUUUUUAAGAAAAUCAAAUGAGGCAUGUUUACAAUUUUUUAUUGUAUAAUCAUAUUUUUGUUUAUUUAUUAAACAAAUUCCCUUUUAAUUAAUAAUUAUUAUCAUGUUAUUAAAAUCAUAAAGUUUAAUUAAAUAUAUGUAUUUCUCGAACUGUUAAUAUUUGUUAAUGUAAGUUACUGAAUUUAUUAAAGUGAAUUUUGAAAUA